AAAAAUUUAAAGAAUACACGAAUACUGAGGAAAUACUAUCAACAGAUAGAGGAAACUUAAAAAUAAAAGACAUUAAUGAAAAUGAUAAGAUUGAAAACAAAAAUUAUCCUAAAGAAACAAGGAGUGAUGUUACAAGGCUAGACAUUAGCAACAAGGAGUUAGAAGAAGAGUUAGACUUAACCGAUUUUAUUAAUCUAGAAUGGUUGAAUUGCCAAGGCAUUGCCUCUUUAGAAAAUUCCGAAAAACUAAGAGAAUGCUAUUUGUCGGAUAAUAAUUUCUUUCAACAAGAUUUAUCAACUUUCAGUAAGUUUACUAAUUUAGAAAAAUUGCGAGUUGGUAAUCAUGAUCAAAAAAAAAUUGAACCCAGCAUUUAUAAUCGUUUUAUUGGUUCUUUGGAGCCUUUAAAGGACUUGAAUAAAUUGGCAGAAUUAGACAUUAGUAAUACUGAUAUAGAUAGUGCCAAAGUUAGUGAUAUCCACGAAGAAUUAAAUCCUUUUGAAGAUAAGGAAUACCCUAAAGAAAGUAAAUGUUUAGGAGAAAUUGAUAAAGAUAAUAAAGGCAAAGAAAGAAAUAAAAUUGUUAAGUUGGAUAUUA